AUGCGCCUGGUUACUUCGACUCUAUACUCGUCGCUCCUCUACGGAGCUUUGGCUCUCAAUGUGGGCCCAGAAUAUAGCCAUCCAAUUGAAGACCUCGACGUCGAUCUUCCAUUUUCUCAACCGGUCACCUUUGCCCAUCUAGAAUGGCAGAGAUGUCUCGCAGCCUCACAUAACAAGCCUCUCGACAUCGCUGUCCUCGGCUUCCCCUACGACACUUCAACCUCAUAUCGCCCAGGCGCCCGGUUCGGCCCACGAGGCAUCCGCGCAGGAUCCGCACGAGAGAAGAAAGGCCGCAGCUACAAUACUGUUUAUGGCGUGGAUCCCUACGAUGAGGGCUUGGAGAUUAUCGAUUGUGGCGAUAUCCCCAUUACGCCCUUUGAUGCCGCCCAUGCCUUCAAGCAGAUGGAGCAGGGGUACAGACAAGUGCUUUAUCACCCGACUUCGGAGGGCAAUUCUUGGGAACACCCUCGUAUUGUGAGUUUGGGAGGUGAUCACUCUAUUGUUCUGCCGAUUUUGCGAUCCUUGAAAACGGUUUAUGGGCCGAUCUCGGUGAUUCAUCUUGAUUCGCAUCUUGAUACCUGGGAUCCUUAUGAGGGUUAUACUGGUAUUGCGUCGAAUCAGUCGGCGAUUACUCAUGGUACUUUCUUCUGGCAUGCUAGUCGAGAGGGCUGUAUUAGCAAGGGGACUAGUGUUCAUGGUGGAUUGAGAACGAAGCUUUUUACUCGGUCGAUGUUUCAGGGCCCUAAAGAUUACGAAAUUGAUCAGAACGUCGGGUUUACAAUCAUUGAGGCUCAUGAGAUCGACGACAUUGGCAUGUCGGGCAUCAUUGAGAAGGUUCGCAAUACUGUGAAGGAUACGCCUACUUAUCUUUCUAUUGAUAUUGAUGUCCUCGAUCCGAGCAUCGCCCCUGCUACAGGAACCCCAGAAUCUGGCGGCUGGACCACCCGCGAAUUGAAAAGAUUCAUCAAAGGUCUCGAGGGUGUGAACCUAGUCGGUGCUGACGUUGUCGAAGUCAGUCCACCGUACGACACUGUCGCCGAAACGACAUCUGUUGCCGCCGCAGAUCUGAUUGUCGAUAUCCUUGCAUCGAUGGUCAAAGUGAAGGAAGGACCCUUGGCGAAGACAACAAAGGACGAGCUGUAA